GAGAAACCGAAUCACAAAACCAAAAAUGGCCACCACGAUCCCACUCUUCGCCUCCUUCAAAUACGCCGACAGCCUAACCGUCGUCGGCAUCUCCUUCUUCACCGCCUUAGUCUGCGAAGCCAUCUCCUGGAUCCUAAUCUACCGCACCACCUCCUACAAAUCCCUAAAAUUCUCAAUCGACAAAGCCGCCAAGAAGCUCGAGACGAUGAAGACCGAGAACCCUUCCUCCAAGCUCACGAUCAAGAAAUCGAAAACCAAGAAGAUCGACCGCGUGGAGUCUUCUUUGAAGGAAUCGAGCCGAGAUCUGUCGCUGUUCAAGUUCAAAUCGGGAGCAGUUGUGGCGCUUGUUUUGUUCGUGGUGUUCGGGUUGUUGAACUCGUUGUUUGAAGGGAAGGUCGUUGCGAAGCUUCCGUUCCAUCCGAUCGCGAUCGUGAGGAAGAUGAGUCAUAGGGGGUUGAAAGGCGAUGACGCGACGGAUUGUUCGAUGGCGUUUUUGUAUUUGUUGUGUUCGAUUAGUAUUAGGACGAAUUUGCAGAAGUUUCUUGGGUUUUCUCCGCCACGUGGCGCUGCUGGUGCUGGUUUGUUCCCUAUGCCUGAUCCCAAGACUAACUGAUAUGUUUAGUUAUAUGAUCAGAUCAGUGCUCUCUCUAUCUUUUUCUACUUUUGUUUUUUUUUAUUAUAAAGAAACAGUUUCAGUUUUUCUUUUUUCUUUGGAGUCUUAUAUGGAAGUUAAUCAAGAGACUAUGUUGUUGUUUUUUUUGUUGAAUCUUAAUAUGAUUUAUAUUGGUUUGUGGAUUCUCU